CUGAUCUUGAUGUCGCCGGUAUCCAAACAACACACAAAUGGUCCAUUGUGUCGUUGACGGGCAUUGUGUCCGGCAAGGCUAUAGCUAUAGCAGCAGGCCAUUUGCAUCCCUUGUCAGUAUGUACCACGCAGGGGCUGAAGCUGCGGGACGGCGACCAAUCAGCCUUGCUUCCGCAACGGCCCCCCACACUUCGCUUACUCAGCGCGAGCUACGUGUCCACCAAUCCACUCGCUCGGUCCAGGCUCCACCGUCAUUCAGACUCCUCUCCACCCAUCCAGGCCCGAAAUGGAAUCCGGUUCCACAGCAUGAGCUCUGAUGCUAUUCUCUCAAGCGUCGCAUCCGUCUCGAGGCUGCGUAGCCUCGCUUCUAUGUCACGCAUGUCCUACCUACAUGUUCUGCUCACUCGGCUAUCGCUGGACAAUGGAAGGCAGCCAGUUUUCGGGAAGAAACGCCUAUCUAUCACUUCACUUCUAUUAUGUGCUCUUCACGAGUACAAUUGCCGUCUUUGUCCGGAUUAGGACGCCUGGGACCCACCCGCCGCGCUUUGAUCAAGUGAUUCGACAACAGGCAGUUAUCCCUGCGGUCAUUGUCAGCGCUUUUCUUUCAGUCUCGUCACAUUCGCAGUGUCUUGCUAUGCUCGUCGGCCAUUCAAGUUGGCCGAACCUGAUUAGCAUGGCCUCGAUUCCGUGCUUUGUGAUGAUUAGGUUGUGUUUAGCUCGCUGCGUUAGCUCGCUGCGACUGUGGCUUUGGGCUCCCUUAUCGCCACUAGGCGAUGACAGUCACAGCCAUGGAGUCGAGAGAAGAGGGUGGAACCUUGUCGCACAAUUCAUGCUUGCUCCAACAACCACCCCCACUCCCACAAUCCGGGCCGCACUCCCAUCCUAACUUGCACCACCACGCUCGGAGCUGCGACGAGGCACAUGCAGCUGAUGGCUUACAGCCAAUAUGCAGUCUAUAAGGGCCGCGGACACUCCGUAUCGGGUCGGUCCGCCAGCUUCAGGACUUUUACUCUAAAAAAUUAGCGGUUUGGGGUCACUUUUACUCUAUUUCCGGACCGGAUAAUCAAAA